GGCGAUGAGAGCGAAAGUUGCGCUCGGCUCGGCGCUGGGGGCUUGAAGCGGCUCCGCUCUCCGCCCGCUAGGGCCGCCCCAGCCCCAACUCGCGCCCGCGAGCUCCGGCCGCGCCCGCCCGCCUCCGCGCCCGCUCUCACUCCCUCCCCCGGCCCGGCGCCCCCUCCUCAGGAGCCGCGGGUCCCCGCCACUUUCGCCCGGUCCGGGCCCCCGCCGAUGCCGGCCAUGGUGGAGAAGGGCCCCGAGGUCUCAGGGAAGCGGAGAGGGAGGAACAACGCGGCCAACGCGGCCGCCUCGGCCGCCGCCGCCUCGGCCGCCUCCGCCUCCGCCGCCGCCUCCUCGGCCGCCGCCGCCUCCUCCUCGGCCACCGGCGCCUCCGCCUCGGCCGCCGCCGCCCCCAAUAAUGGGCAGAAUAAAAGUUUGGCGGCGGCGGCGCCCAAUGGCAACAGCAGCAGCAACUCCUGGGAGGAAGGCAGCUCGGGCUCGUCCAGCGACGAGGAACACGGUGGCGGCGGCAUGCGGGUCGGACCCCAGUACCAGGCGGUGGUGCCCGACUUCGACCCCGCCAAAGUAGCAAGACGCAGUCAAGAACGAGACAAUCUUGGCAUGCUGGUCUGGUCACCUAAUCAGAAUCUAUCAGAAGCAAAAUUGGAUGAAUACAUUGCCAUUGCCAAAGAGAAGCAUGGGUACAACAUGGAACAGGCUCUUGGGAUGCUCUUUUGGCAUAAGCAUAAUAUUGAAAAAUCAUUGGCUGAUUUGCCCAACUUUACCCCCUUCCCAGAUGAGUGGACUGUGGAAGAUAAAGUCUUAUUUGAGCAAGCCUUUAGUUUUCACGGGAAAACUUUUCAUAGAAUCCAACAAAUGCUUCCUGAUAAAUCUAUAGCAAGCCUGGUGAAAUUUUACUACUCCUGGAAGAAGACGAGGACUAAAACCAGCGUGAUGGAUCGCCACGCUCGGAAACAGAAACGGGAGCGGGAGGAAAGUGAGGAUGAACUGGAAGAAACAAAUGGAAAUAAUGCCAUUGACAUUGAGAUUGAUCAAAACAAGGAAAGCAAAAAGGAGGUGCCCCCUACUGAGACAGUUCCUCAGAUCAAAAAAGAAAAACAUAGUACACAAGCUAAAAAUAGAGCAAAAAGGAAACCUCCGAAAGGAAUGUUUCUUUCUCAAGAAGACGUGGAGGCUGUUUCUGCCAAUGCCACUGCUGCUACCACGGUGCUGAGACAACUGGACAUGGAGCUGGUGUCAAUCAAACGACAGAUUCAGAAUAUUAAACAGACGAACAGUGCUCUAAAAGAAAAACUUGAUGGUGGAAUAGAACCAUAUCGACUUCCAGAGGUCAUUCAGAAAUGUAACGCACGUUGGACCACAGAGGAGCAGCUUCUCGCCGUACAAGCCAUCAGGAAAUACGGCCGAGAUUUUCAGGCAAUCUCAGAUGUGAUUGGGAACAAAUCAGUGGUACAAGUGAAAAACUUUUUUGUAAAUUAUCGACGCCGCUUCAACAUAGAUGAAGUUUUACAAGAAUGGGAGGCAGAACAUGGGAAGGAAGAAACCAAUGGUCCCAGUAACCAGAAACCUGUAACGUCCCCGGAUAAUUCUGUCAAGAUGCCUGAAGAGGAAGACGAGGCUGCUUCUGUUCUUGACGUCAGAUACGCAUCUGCCUCAUGAGAAACUCUGGUGGCUUUGAGCACUUGGUAUGGACGACUGUGUUAUCCAGGAUUCAGGUAUCACAAGACAUCACCUAGCCAUCUGCAUCACAUCUCUGUGGACAAGCAGCUAUUACCAAAAAGGCAUACACUUCCAGUCCUGUGCUACAUCUGCCUUAAUUCUCUGCUCGUUCCUCCGUGUUGGCGCCACUUCCCGGAGAGCUCUUUGCGUCUCUCGCUCUGCCUAAGUGAGCGGGGUCCCAUGGCCUGCCCGCCUCCUGCGACCCUGGGGACCACUGCCUCAGUCGGAGCCCCGGCCCACCAACAGCAGCUCUUCCCUGUCGGCGGCUUCAGAACAGGUAGUCGACUUGGAAGGCGUGACUCUGUUCCUGCAUGGCCUGCAAGCUCUACUUUGUGCAUAAUGUAAUUUUCAGAGUAACUGUGACCCCAUUGGCCUUCUAGGAAGUUUCCCUUGUUCUUUUCUGAGGCAUCCACCUAAGUGAUAUCAUGCUUCUUUGGAAAUCACGAUAUAUUGGCAGACUGCAUUAUAACCCUUAUCGUGCCAAACAGCCUGACGCAACUCAUAUUUCCCUAAAUGUCGGUAUAAUUAUGGUUUAUAAAUCUAGUUGGCUGCAGUCUCUCCCUUCUCCCUUCCCGCGAGGUAGGAAGCUGAUUCACAGCACCUGUCCUUGGACACUAGCUCAGAGGGAACGUGGACGCAACACUUCGUGCCGUCAGCUUGCAGGUCGUCACGCCAGGAUGGGCGCCACCCUGUCUGUUCCUGACCCCCCACCCGCACCACCGCCCGACUCCAAGAGAUUUGGUCUAUACCACUGUACCUGGUGCUUGUACAUUGGAAUUGGUGCCUUCUCCUUUUGGCAACCAUGUUUUCAACCCUUUUUCUGUUUCGGUGUCUUAUUUCUUCUUUAAAGUUUAUUGCUUGCCAAAGAUGACAUCAUUGAGAUUAGGAGACAGGGGAGAACUUGCUGCAGGUUCUUGACAGUGUGCAGAUUUUAAAUGUCAGGUUAGGGCAAUAAUAAAGGGUAUUGGAAUAGCUGGUGAUGGUUUUAUAAAAGCUACAUGCUGUUUGUUCCCCGUCCUGUUGGUAUGCCUGGCCUUUCACAUGUCACUCCACAUAGCCUCUGUGUCCGUCAUGUACUGAUGUGACCACAUGAGCACCAUCCUCUCUCAAUAUUAUAUCGAUAGUACAGGACAGAGACGUGAUCAGUUAUUGGCUCUAGUGAGACCAAGAUGGAAAGAAACAGUCUGCGAAGUGGUAUGUAAUGCCUUUGGUUGGACUGGGAACAAUUACAAAUGUUUAAUAAAUGUUUAAAACUUCCAUAA